AAUCAUUCUCUCUCUCUCUCUCUCUCUCUCACACACACACACACACACGCACACGCAGUUUCUCUGCACCCAAAAAUAAACUCAUACAUAAGUCCCUCAUUAAUGUCUACCUCUCUCCCUCUCCCUCUCUGUCACUGUUUCUCUCUCUAUACGUAUUUACUCUCUCCCUUCCUUUCUCUCUCUACAAUGUGAUCCCUUAAUCACAAUUUCUCUUUCUCUCUCUCACACACACGCACACACUCUGCGUUUUGUCAAUGUCUUUUCAAAAAUGAUGAAGCUGUGAAGAAGAAGAGACGAAGAAGAAGAAUCUAGAAAGCUUGAGCUAGGGUUUUUUUGUUCCUUUUUUUGUUGAUGAGUUUUUGAAAUGGAGCUGGUGGUGAUUUUCGAGGUUGUCGCUUGCUUUUUUCCGAGAUUUACGAUCUAAUAAUUUUUUUUCCCUCUCUCCUCUUUUCAAAAUCCUUUUAGCCUUUUUUUUUGUUUUUACUUUUUGUUCUCUUGCUGUCUCCCGAGCUGGAUAUUUUUUUGAAAAACAAUGGAGAAAAGUCGUCACAGAAAGUCCAGAAGUGCUUCGGGAAUUAUGGAAGGAAGUAGACUAGCUCAGAAACAGAUUGCUACACCAAAAGUGGCUCUAAAUUCUCGUUCCUACUGUGAUGGAACUGCUAGGGGAGAUAUGAUUAUGCUUGAUUUAGAGAAGAGCUCUUCCAAACGAGUAACUGGGACACCAAUUAAGAAGUUGCUUGCAGAAGAAAUGGCAAAAGAAGAAGUCGAAUCAAAGAGAAGGCCACCCAGCAUUGUUGCCAGAUUGAUGGGUCUUGAAGGGAUGCCAUCUCCGCAGCAUAUUGGCAGACAACAAAGAAGGUUAUCAGACAGCUGCCAACAUAGAAAUGAACAGGUAGAUUCCAGGAGGAGGAGGCAGCUAUUCGAUGAACAAUCUAGUAAAAGAAGCUCCAUGGAGCAUCAAGAAUUCAAGGAUGUGUAUGAGGAUUUGGAAGCAUCGCAUGUUGCCAACCGUCGUCAUUCAUCAAGAUGGACUGAAACCGGUAGAUUUGCUAGUCCUGAUAUGGCACUUAUACAGCAGAAAUUUAUGGAUGCAAAGCGUCUUUCGACCGAUGAAAGGUUUCAGAACUCAAAAGAAUUUGAUGACACUCUUGAGGCGCUCGAAUCAAAUAAGGAAUUAUUGAUAAAGUAUCUUCAGGGACCAGAUCCCUUGUUUGUGAAGCACCUGCAGGAUCUGCAAGUUGACACUGCUAGUUCUAUGUGCAGUCACAUAGCAGUAUUAAAGCCAUCAAAUUCUGUGAAAUAUGAAGGCAGUGUCAAAUCCUGCAAAUCUGGUAGAGGCGGUUCACGUAAACAAGACAUCAACUUGCAGAAAGAGCGCAUUGAUGGUCUCUUACUCCAGUCACAGCAUCGUCAUAGUGGACAUAAUUCCCAAAAGUCAUCACCGAUUCUUUCUGAAGGAAAGGAGGAAAACAUUCUUCCAACAAGAAUUGUUGUUCUAAAGCCGAACGUUGGGAUAACACAAAGUGAUAUUACUUCUGUUCCAUAUCACCCUGACGUGAGGAAGCAUGCACAACAUCCUUGUGCUUCACCUGGGGGAGCAGGACUAGAGGAAGAGAAAAGUUCAUCUAUGAAUUUGGAGAUAUCAAGGCCCAAGUCAAAAGAAGCAAGGGAUAUUGCAAAGGAAAUUACGAGGCGGAUGCGGGACUCUUUUGGGCCUUCUGAUGGCGGGGAUAGAUAUUUUAGAAGUUCUGGUUUUAAAGGAUAUGCUGGAGAUGAAAGUUCUUGUGAUGUGUAUGAAAGUGAUUCGACCGGUGAGUCAGACAUUACAACUUUGUCUGGUAGGAAGUCAUUUGGCAGGGGUAAUCUGAAAAAAUCUUCAUCUCAAGGUUCUUCCGAAUCAUCAGUGGGCAGGGAGGCAAAAAAGAGGUUGUCUGAGAGGUGGAAGAUGACUCAAUAUUAUCAAGACAUUGAAAUGGCUGGUAAGAGUAGUACACUUGGUGAAAUGCUUUCUUUACCUGAUGGGGGAACCAAACCCGAUCAUUGUGAUACCAUGGUGCAUGUUGAAGAAUCCACCAGAGAACUUGGUGGCAGGAAAGGAACUGCUGAAUGGGAUUUCCCUUUGGGUAUUAGUAGUAGAGAUGGUUGGAAGGAUGUGUGUAUUAAUGAUUCAUCAGGAUACAGGUCAACUUCUCCGCCUUUUGGCAGCAAAAAGCAUAAAACCAGAGGACGACGGGAAGGUUUUCCUAAUAAGCAAUCCUCAAUUCCCAAAGAUCCCGUAAAUAGGGAACAGUGUGUAAAUCACCGCAGAAGUAGGUCCUUGGACGGUAUGCUGAAUUUGAGAGAUGAAUUCUUAUCCAAAGACUCUAGAUCUAGCAAGAAGAAACUUCAUUCCUGUCGUCUUGGUAGUGACUCCUCAUCCAAAGGCAAGCUAAGCCAGAGAAUUGACAUGAACCUAGAAGAGAAUCAAUCUGAGAAGCUGCCUGUAGCUUUGCAGGUGCCUGCUGCAGAUGACAUGCGUUAUACUAAUGCUUCGGAUGAUGCUGAAACCGAGGGUAUAACCCUGUCAUCAGAAUAUUCUAUUGAGAUGCUUCAAAAGCUACCUGCAGAAUGUUGCAUUGCUUCUCCUCUUAACCAAGAGGUUUCAGUUCCACAGGCAGUACUUCCGGAACCACCACCUGCAGCUGUUUUUUUGGAGUAUCCUGCACCUGAACCUGAACCUGAACCUGAGUCGUCAGUGAGCUCCAAGGAGGCUGAUCAUCCUAGUCCGCUUUCAGUUCUGGAGGUUCCUUUUACCGAAGAUGCGUCUUCUGGUUCAGAAUGUUUUGAGAGAGUCAGUGCUGAACUUAAUGAGCUCCGGAUGCAACUGAAGCUCCUCAGAAUGGAGUCAGAGGCUUAUGCUGAUGUAGUAGUAAGUGAUGAAGAGGUUGAAGGACCAUCAGCUGAGGCCUUUGAAGACAAGUGUAGUUUAAGGUCCCAAAGCUGGCAAACUUCUUACACAUUAGAUGUGCUCACAAACUCUGGCUUGAGGGCAUCCGACCCGGACACAUUCGUAACAUCUUGCCACUCUCUGGAGUCACCUUUGGAUCCCUGGAUUUUCGACAACCUUGAGAAGAAGUACACUGAUGAAACAACUGGACCGAGAUAUGAAAGGCAGAUGCUGUUUGACCGUAUAAACAUCAGUCUGUUGGAGAUUCUCAGGAAGUAUGUGGAUCCUUGCCCGUGGGUUAAGCCAAUAGAGGGUAUUAACUGGAAGUGGCAGAAAUACGGGAUGAUGAAUAUGCUGCAGCAACUGCUGAGAAGCCAUGAAAAUGCUGCAAAUGCAGACACGACCGCUAAUAUUGUGGAAGAGAUGCAUUGGCUAGAACUCAAGGAUGACAUUGAUCUGAUAGGUAAGGAAAUUGAGAAAUUGUUGAUAGAAGACCUCAUAGUAGAAGUUGUAACUAUGUAGAGGCAAUCUAGGUAGUUUCAUAUAACAAAAGAUCCAAGGUUUUAGGAGAUAACAAAUAAAAUACAAAUGUUGGAUCACCUAGUAUUAACUAUAGUAUAGCUUGAUGAUAUUAAAUGCCAGUAUUGGGCACUCGCAUUUCAUGAAACAUAAGCAUUCUGAACUUGAUUUCUGUAAGUACAGCAAAAUGCAUUUCUAACCUGGCACAUGAAUCAAGUAUUUUGAUAUUCAGCUCGAA